GCAAUGAUCUACCUGGGUCAACGAUUUUUCAGAAGCUAGGAUUUCAGCCGGCUAUGUCUAUCAUUGCACGACCGACUUUCUACAAAUUGCUACCAGCAGGCCGUCACGUAGGUUAUGAUCGCAUGUACACGACAGACUCGCCCGAAUGGAUAGCUAACAUCGCGUGUGGCUGGAGCGAUGGGUACAGACGGCAGCUGAGCUUUGGACGUGGAGCUAUGAAAAACAACAGAACAGGAGAGUUGUGUCCGAUCGCAGGACGCAUCUCUAUGGACUCGUGCACGCUGAAACUGCCGCAGAAACCCCAGCCCGACGACACAUACUCCGUUCUCACUGCCGACUACGCAGAUCGAACCUCCUACUCAUGGAUGGCGCGCGCACUAGACGCUGCCAACUACGAGAUCACGGGCACCUGGUCAACCCGCCUGCCACGUGUCUACAUCAAACAGGGCGAGGUACAUGACAUCCUGCAUGCUGUGGACUACAGCAACUAGCUGUGUCGGUGUGUAGCUGUGAAAGCAUGCUACUGCUCUGACAUGCAGCGACUGCACUGUAACUGUUUGCUUGAAACGGGUUCCUCACCAGUAUAAAUGCUGAUCGAAUGAAUGUGUGGGUUCUGGCAGUGCUCAAUUUUAACAGUCGUCCGGUCGUCCGUGACAACUGGAUUUUCUCUCGGGCAACUACUAAUUGCUUCAA